AUGGUGGUGUGCGGCCUGGCCUGCUGGAGGUGCCGGUGGCUCCUGCCCCUGCUGCUGGGGCUGGCCAUCAUCAUGGGCAUCAUCGCCCUGGCGGGCAGGGGCUGGCUGGAGUCCGAGUCGGAGCCCUACGUGCAGCAAGCGUCGCUGUGGGAGAGCUGCACGCGGGGCGAGGAGGACCUCAACUGGAGCUGCGAAUCCCUCAUGGACUAUGGAUGGGGGAGAGCAGCAGCUGCCACCUACCUUGUUGGCUUUGUGAUCCUGGUCAUCUGUUUUGCCCUCGCAGUCAUUGCGUUCUCAAUUGAGAUACUCCGCUUCAACUUUGUGCGAGGAAUUGGAGGCUUGCUCUUUGUUGUUGCUGCUUUCCAGAUCAUUGGCCUGGUCAUCUACCCAGUAAAAUUCACAGAAGAAAUACCACUGACAGGAGAUAAUAUGUUCAGCUGGGCCUAUGGCUUUGGCUGGGCCAGCACUGUUGUUGUAAUAGGUUGUGCUUUCUUCUUCUGCUGCCUCCCCAACUGGGAAGAUGAAGUCCUGGGAAACAUCAAGCCUACGUAUUACUACUCCUCCCCAGAGAGAGCACCAUACUUAAAUUGA